AUGUCUGUCGAACAUGCGACCCAGGAUGUUGGUACCAUGCCACUCGAUGAGCCGGUAUUUCGUCUCAUCGACUUCUCGGACAACAUGGUCGUCCGCCAAGUGUCGACGAUGCUUCGGAGGCUGUGGCUCGUGGACCCGCCUCUUUCAGAUGAGGAGCUCCUCCAAGAAACUACGCUCAAGGCGUGUUUCCAAGCCAUUACGCAAGCAAUUGGCAACGGGAUCUCAGAUGAUCCCGAGCAGGCCAGGUGGGACCACGGCCUCUGGUUAAAACACACUGAGCUCCGGGUCCUCGGCCCGGCCGUGCUGGCUGCAGCGGAGCCGUACGACGUGAGGAGUGUCGUGUCUCCGUGGCGGUCGGAGGUCUACGAGAUUUACAAGCAUGUCUUCAUCGACCUGUGGCGGACGUUGAAGGAGGCGCCGGACACUGGCCAUGUCGGGAAGUUCGACCCCUCCAAGGAAGGAUCCGUGACUCUUGGCGUCCUCAAAGCCGAGAAGCUGAAAGUUGACAAGACUGCUUUCCGCACUGAUACUUUCCUUUAUCCGGUUUGGGUCAACCCAAAGGCCAAAAUCACAUUCAGCGUGGACGGUGUUGAGGGUAACGAGCACGUUUGGUCGGAUGACCAGACUGGCAUAACGGCUGUUUUCGUGAUGGGCCAUUGCGAAAAGGCUCCUCUGGUACACACGAAGGAGGAGUUGCGAGACAAGUCAACCACUGUUUUGGAGCCAGCAGACGGUGGCAGUGGUCAAGCUACAGACGACGACAUGGCUGAGUUUGUGCCAGAGGCAGAUCAUCUUGCGAGGGCAAUCUUUCUCAAGGCGGGCAAGGCUGUUGAGCAAUGCGCGUUCGAUGUUGUCGAUGAUGAGGUCGACCGGCUUCAAGAAACGACUUCCUGGCUAGAAGUGGAAGUUAAGGAGAGCGAUUCAGUAUACGAGCCGCUCCCAGAUGGCCACAGCAUCAGGGUCCUCAUCGUGGAACCCGAAUCGGCUGGACCAGACCUCCAAACACGACUGGAAGUUGUGGAUUUGGACAAAGAUGUGGGAUAUGAAGCCAUGUCAUACACAUGGGGGGACCCAAAGGAUCAAGUGCCGCUUCGAGUCCGAGGCCAGACCGUCAUGAUACCAAAGAACCUCGAGAACGCCUUGAAGAGGCUUCGACAUCCAGACCGCAGGCGAUAUAUAUGGGCUGACGCCGUCUGUAUCAACCAGGCGGACCUUUCUGAGCGCGGCCAACAAGUGUCGAUCAUGCGGAACAUCUACUCGAAGGCCCGAAGGGUCCUCGUCUGGCUUGGACAAGACAAGGCGAACUAUGCGAAACUAGCUUUCACCACCGUUUGCGGAAUUGUUCGCUCGUGGCGCCCUCCGAACAACCCAAACAAUUUCUCCAGUUACAAGGAAGCGUUCGAGACUCAGAAGGAGGGGCUUAGCAUUGACGAAGACGGCUGGACUGCUCUCCAAGCUUUGUUCCAGACCGAAUAUUUCACUCGGUUCUGGGUGAUCCAGGAGUUGGUCCUCGGGCAGAACGCGACAAUAGUCUGGGGUAGCCACUCCAUCAGUUGGGGCCUCGUCGGCAUCAGCGCAGCGUGGCUGCUGACCAGAGGGUGGGCAACGAACCCAGACUGGCCCAUUUCCGCUGCGUACAACGCGUUCCUGAUCUACGUCCUCCCGCUGGCCAAGCGCAGCGCGAUAUCGAGCUUCCCCAAGAUCGACUUAUCUGCCGUCCUGGCGACGACGAUGGGGAAGUUCAAGUCGACAGAUGCGAGAGAUAGGGUAUUCGCCCUGCUCGGGAUGCCAUUCUCGGGCAAUGAUCCUGAGAAAGAGCAACUUGUUGCCCCGGACUAUGCAGCAGAUGUGCAGUCGGUCUACCUGGAUGCCACAAAGCGCAUGCUUUCCCAAGAUGCCAACCUGAGGCUCCUCAGUGCCGUGCAGCACGGCCUCGAGAUCGACAGUUCCUCUCCAUCCUGGUUACCGAAAUGGGACCAGUCUCUGUUCGCCGAGCCCCUCGCUCUCCGACAAGAGCACGGCUACUACGCCAACGCGGGCGAAUUGUUCUUCCCCGGCGACGAGACCUUUGGAGCGGACGGGAAAUCACUAACACUCACCGGCCUGAAAGUCACCAAGGUGACAGAUGUCACGGAGCCAUUUACCGCCGGCAAGAUCUCAUUCUCCGGCCUGCCGGACAGAGAUAGAGACGCCAUGCUCAUCAUCCUGUCCUACCUGAACGACCCGGACCGCCAGGUCCGCGCCUCCUGGAGCGCCACAAUGGAGAAGUUCACCAUACCCGGCUUCAACAGCCCGGAGAAGCAGGCCGAGGUGCUGUCAACGGGCGGCGGGUUCCACAUGGCGGCCACGACGGGCAUGCCCGGCAAGUACGGGAUGCGCAGGUCCACUGAGACUCUCGACGGCGAGAAGAUGGGCGUCUACAACCUGGGCGAGUUCCUGCUGUACUGGCGCGAGCGCUGCACCUGGGACGUCGAGGCCCUGCGGCACGACGACUUCAAGGACUUCUGGGCCGCCGUGGAGAAGGAGGGGAGCACCUACGCCACGGAGCGGGCGCUGUGCUCGAUGAACGCCUUCCUGGGGCGGAGGGUGUUCCGCUGCGAGGAUGGGAAGCUUGGUCUUGGGCCUGCGGCGAUGAGGCCCGGGGAUUUGAUCGUUGUUUUGUUUGGCGGGAUUGUUCCGUAUGUAUUGCGGCCGCUGGAUGGCACUGGGGAUGAAGGGGACGGGCAGAAGUGGGUCUUCGUAGGCGAGUGUAUCAUUCCUACUAUAAUGCAGGGACAAGCGGUAGAGGAAGCUGGGUUGUUGGCCGAUGGGACGUACGAGAGGGAGAAAGAUGGGACGCUGAGGUUGAAGCCGGUGAAGCAGGAUGAUCAAGACCCGCGCUUCCAUCGUGAGGUCGGCAAGAACGGCGUCGAGAGGUUCGAGAUCAGGUAG